CCAAAUCAAACAAAUAAAAAGCUCCAGAGGGAAAAAAUCGAUCAACUCUUUCUUCUUCUUCGUCGCAACAAAAUCCCGACCUGGAAACCCUAACCCUCGCUCUGUUAGCCAGAGAGAGAGCAAUUUUUUUAGAGAGAGAAAGUGUGCGUUAGAGAGAGAGAUGAAAUUUCACGGUAGUUGAUCCAACACAUAACGAAUGGUUGAAAACAGUUACUUCUUCCGCAGCUCAAUCUUUAAAGACCCAAUCUUCAAACAGUUUCUCCACCGCCAACAACCAGCUGAGCCGCCAUCGAAACCGACCCACUAUGGGAGCUGAGAAGAAAUGGCUCCUUACGCUCUUCUCAGCCACAUUCCUCUCCCUCCUCCUCCUCCUCCUCUCCUCCAUCUCCGCCUUCAGCUCACCCAAACCCUUCCCUUCAAUUGUCCAGCACGGCUCUAGCUACCCGCCCGCUUUCGCUUACUACAUAUGGGGCGGCCGAGGCGAUAGGGCUCGGAUCUUCCGCCUGCUGCUCGCCGUCUACCAUCCCCGGAAUCGAUAUUUGUUGCAUCUUUCGGCUGACGAAUCUGAAGACGAGCGCCGCCGUCUUGCCGCCGCUAUCAACGCUGUGCCGGCAAUUCAGGCAUUUGGGAAUGUGGAUGUGGUGGGCAAGCCUGAUCGAAUCACUUACAUGGGGUCUUCCAAUAUUGCCACCACUUUGCACGCGGCGGCGAUUUUUCUUAAGGUUGAUAGUGGGUGGGAUUGGUUCGUCACUUUGAGCGCCAUGGAUUAUCCACUUAUCACUCAGGACGACCUGUCGCAUGUUUUCUCCUCUGUUAGAAGAGAUCUCAAUUUCAUUGAUCACACCAGCGACCUUGGAUGGAAAGAGUUGCACAGGGUCCAGCCAAUUGUAGUUGAUCCGGGGAUAUACCUAGCUCGAAGGAGCCAAAUUUUUCAUGCUACAGAGAAGCGGAAGACCCCUGAUGCUUUUAAAGUAUUCACAGGCUCCCCAUGGGUCAUCCUGAGCAGAUCAUUUCUGGAGUUUUGCAUUAAUGGUUGGGAUAACCUUCCCCGGACCCUGCUUAUGUACUUUACAAAUGUGAUGUUGUCCCAGGAAGGAUAUUUCCAUUCAGUUAUAUGCAAUUCACCAGAGUUCAAGAACACUACUGUGAACAGUGAUCUAAGAUACGUGAUCUGGGACACUCCCCCGAAAAUGGAACCCCUUUUUCUCAACACCUUGGAUUUUGAUCAAAUGGCUCAAAGUGGAGCUGCUUUUGCCCGACAAUUCAAGAAAGAUGACCGUGUGCUGGACAUGGUUGAUAAAAAGAUCCUCAAGCGUGGGAGAAAUCGAGCUGCCCCGGGGGCAUGGUGCUCAGGCUGGAGAAGUUGGUGGAUGGAUCCUUGCACUCAAUGGAGUGAUGCCAAUAUCUUGAAGCCUGGGCCCCAAGCAAAGAAGCUCGAAGACUCGAUUACUAACCUUCUCGAUGACUGGAAUGCGCAAACAAAUCAAUGCCAAUGAAGAUGUCUGUAUGGAAAAUGUCUCCAGAUACCCGGUGUGGUUUUCCUGCAAGCUAAACUCGAUGAUUAGUUUGGAAGACUGGCAACCGCGAGGAUACAUUUUUUGACCCCUAAGAACACACUUCUUUUUCUAGGUUCUUCCGGUCUCAUGCUUGACUAUUGUUUAUAAAGGGGCGCGGAGGCAGGGUAGAAGGGAGAAACAUAGCGAGUUAGGUUGAGGUAUUGAGCUGUACCUGUUAUCGACAGUAUGGCCACUUACAGACUUGAGUAACAGAGCUCAUAAGAGGCUCUCCCUCUCUUUGUGCUGCCAUUCCAUGAUGUUGUAUGUUCUGCUUCGGACUCGGGUUAUGUUCGGACCUCUUUGAAUGUUGGAUCAAAAAUUCACUCUUUCAACUCUAAUAGGUUGGAUCUUCUAAAUUCA